AUGGAUGGGCUGUUCUAUAGCCUGGCCGUGGUGGAGGGACGACAUGCAACGGGGAGACAAGCGGCAAAGAUGGAGACGACAAGACGAAGACUGGGAGGAAAGGAAGAAGAAGAAGAAGACGAAGAAGAAGAUGAGAAAGACGAGAAAGAAGCGAUAUCGACUUCGCCUCCAAGCCGUCCGUCAACAAGACUUUCCUCCUACCUACGCCCAACUACGCCGCCGCUGGUGGCACGACCAAAAAAGCACCUCCCAGCCGCUACUCUUCGUACUUGGGUUUCAAGUUUCAUGUUUGUCCAGGGGGUGGCUAUCCAGCAGCGCAGCAAGGAGCCAGCGGAAGAAAGAACUAAAAAGCCGGGGGUAAGGAAGGCUACCUUAACACCUCCUGGCCCAGAGAGCAAAAAGGAAGAGGCAGGCCAAAAAAAAAAAAGGCGCAGACUUCCUCCAAGUGAGCAUGAGAUGCCCAAUUGCUCUUCUCCCAGUCGGUGGGCCUCUCGGGGGGUGAUGGAAUCAGAUAUUGCUUUUUCAACUCUUUGA